CUUCUCUUUUUCUUUCUCAAAAGAGCCAAGUGGAGGUGGUGUAGAGUGAAGAUAAAUCCCAUUUCUCUCUCAUAUAUAUAUAUAUAUAUAUAUUUCUUUCGAUAUAUAUAUAGACUCUAUCCAGAAUCUUUACUGAACAAAAAGCAGAACCAAAACCCACCAUACCAUUAUUCGCACUACAAAAAACCAACCUUCUUUAGUUCUUUCUGUCUCUCUCUCUCUCAUCACAUCACAAUAAUCUAUUCUGUAAUUCCAAACCUUCUCUCCACUCUCUUUUAGUGUUCUUUUUCUUGUUUGUUUUUCAUUUGUCCGCAUUCGUGGGGAGACUGAACUACUUUUCCGGUCAUUAAAUAAAAAAAAUCCAUUUUUUUUUAGUUUAAUACAAGUUUAUCGUCAGAGCUGCUUGUUUUUCUCCGACUUGUUAUAACUAGGGAGGGCGUUAAUCCAUCUGGGUCUCCUUCAAAUUCUCCUCAAAUGGUUUUUCUCUGAUUAUUUCAUCUCUCACCCAUUAAUGGAUCUGGAGGGAGUUAUCCGCAGCCACCCAGCCAAGAAAGAUUCAUGGAAAACAGUACUAACUCUGGCGUACCAGAGCUUGGGAGUUGUAUACGGCGAUUUAAGCACUUCUCCUUUGUAUGUCUACAAGAGCACUUUCGCAGAAGACAUCCAACAUUCGGAGACGAACGAGGAGAUUUAUGGGGUGUUGUCGUUUGUGUUCUGGACGCUAACUUUAAUCCCACUUGUGAAAUACGUUUUCAUAGUGCUUAGAGCUGAUGAUAAUGGUGAAGGUGGGACUUUUGCUUUGUAUUCAUUGCUUUGCCGACAUGCCAGAGUUAGCUCCUUGCCCAAUUGCCAGCUUGCUGAUCAGGACUUAUCUGAGUACACAAAAGAGGGGGUCGUUUCUUCUGCUAAAACCUUACGUGGGUCGACCUUGAAAUCCACAUUGGAGAAGUACAGAGUUCUUCAGACGGUUUUGCUUGUUCUGGCUCUUAUUGGGACUUGUAUGGUUAUUGGAGAUGGAGUGCUCACACCAGCAAUUUCUGUUUUUUCUGCUGUUUCGGGUCUGGAGCUUUCCAUGCAUAAAGAGCAACAUCGCUAUGUUGAGGUGCCAGUUGCUUGUGUCAUACUCAUAUUCUUGUUUGCCCUUCAACAUUACGGGACCCACCGAGUAGGAUUCCUGUUUGCUCCUAUUGUGAUUACAUGGCUUUUGUGCAUCAGUGCUAUCGGUGCGUAUAAUAUCAUCCAUUGGAAUCCUCAUGUUUACCGAGCACUCUCUCCAUAUUAUAUGUACAAAUUUUUGAAGAAGACUCAGAGAGGAGGCUGGAUGUCAUUGGGUGGAAUACUGUUGUGUAUAACAGGCUCAGAAGCCAUGUUUGCUGAUCUGGGGCACUUCUCACAGCUAUCAAUCCAGAUUGCUUUCACAUUCGUGGUUUACCCUUCCUUGAUUCUAGCAUACAUGGGCCAAGCUGCUUAUCUUUCUAAGCAUCACGUUUUAGAAAGCAACUAUCGGAUCGGAUUUUACGUAUCUGUGCCUGAGAGAAUAAGAUGGCCUGUUCUGGCUAUAGCCAUACUUGCAGCAGUGGUGGGAAGCCAAGCUGUUAUUACUGGGACUUUCUCAAUAAUCAAACAGUGUUCUGCGUUGGGUUGCUUUCCAAGGGUCAAAAUAGUUCACACUUCCUCUAAAAUACAUGGGCAGAUUUAUAUCCCAGAGAUAAAUUGGACUUUGAUGUUGCUGUGCUUGGCUGUGACUGUUGGUUUUAGAGAUACGAAACGGUUGGGCAAUGCUUCAGGCCUUGCAGUUAUAACUGUCAUGCUGGUAACCACCUGCCUAAUGUCUCUAGUCAUGGUCUUGUGCUGGCACAAAAGUAUCUUCCUUGCCAUUUGCUUCAUUUUCUUCUUCGGCUCCAUCGAAGCUCUCUACUUUUCAGCCUCUCUGAUCAAGUUUCUAGAAGGGGCUUGGGUUCCUGUUGCUCUUUCAUUUAUCUUCCUUGUUGUUAUGUACGUUUGGCACUAUGGCACUCUCAAGAAAUACGAAUCAGAUGUUCAAAAUAAGGUCUCUAUCAACUGGCUCCUCAGUUUAGGUCCGACUUUAGGGAUCGUCCGGGUCAGGGGAAUUGGCCUCAUACACACCGAGCUGGUAUCUGGUAUCCCGGCAGUCUUUUCUCACUUUGUGACCAACCUCCCAGCUUUCCAUCAAGUAGUUGUCUUCCUUUGCAUCAAGUCUGUCCCAGUUCCUCAUGUUAGACCUGAAGAAAGGUUCUUGGUUGGGAGAGUUGGUCCAAAGGAGUACCGGUUGUACAGAUGCAUAGCACGCUACGGUUACCAUGAUGUUCACAAGGACGACGUGGAGUUCGAGAAAGAUCUUGUUCGUAGCGUCGCUGAGUUUAUCCGGUCAGAGAGACCAGAAUGUGAUCUCAGACUAGAAGAACUGGAAACUGAUGAGAAAAUGACAGUGGUAGGGACUUCAUCAUCAAACAUGGAAGGCAUCAGACUAUCAGAAGAUAAGGACUUUCCGGAGAUAGCGGGGACUUCAGAGCUAAGAGAGAUAAAGUCUCCGGUUAGGGUGAGGAAGAGAGUGAGGUUUGUACUGCCAGAAAGUCCGCGGAUUGAUAGAGAAACACAGGAAGAGUUACAGGAACUAAUGGAAGCAAGAGAGGCAGGAAUGGCAUUUAUAUUAGGACAUUCAUAUGUGAGGGCAAAGAGAGGGUCCAGUUUGAUGAAGAAAAUAGUGAUCAAUUUUGGGUAUGAUUUCUUGAGGAGAAAUUUUAGAGGACCAAGUUAUGCUUUGAGCAUUCCUCAUGCAUCUACUCUUGAGGUGGGAAUGGUCUACUACGUUUAGUUCCUGGUAUAUAUUAGUAUCUGUAAUUGAUGUUUUUUUUUUUUUUUUUUGGGAUUUUUUGGGCUUUUUUUUUUCUCUUUUUUUUUUUUUUUUUUUAAUUAUGUCAUAUUGUAUAUGAAUAUGAGAGAUCAAAGCAUUUUGUAUAUUUGUAUGUUGCCUCUACACAGUGAAUCCAUAGAUCUAACAGGCA